GAGGUUUAGUAUACCUAAAGACGCCAUGGUCAGCAGGAGGGGAAUCACAUUCGUGGCACUAAGCCUCCUCCUGGUCGCCUCCAGUCAGGCACAAUUCAGCAGGGACGAGAGUCAGGAGGAUCAGAGGACGGAGUUCAACCUGGCCUCCACCUUGACAGGUGGCAUCUCCAGCAGCCGCCAUCGCCAGCGGGCCAAUCUCGGGUCGCCACUGUAUCCGGCUCCAAGUCAGCUGGGAGCGGGCUACGCGGGCGCCACGGGAUCCAUCGACGAUGCCCAUGGCCAUGAGCAAGGUGGCUCUGGCGUGCGAGUGGCCAGUACGAACUCUGUAGUUUUCCCUGGCAACCAGUUUCCCAAUCCGGCACUAACAAUUACAGGAGGUCACCAGUUUCCGGCCUAUCCGCCUCCAGGAUUUCCCUCUCAACAGGCUCCAGUUCCGUAUCCGGCUGCAGGAGGUUCAUCUGGAGGGGCUUCUUCAGGUGGUUUCCAAAGUGCAGGUGUUGGUGCUCCUCCUGGUUAUCCUGCUGCGGGUGCAGCUCCCCUGUAUCACACUGGUGUUCCGCCCCAGUAUCCCUCGGCUGUUGCGCCCCAGCAGCCAGGUGGUGCUGGAGCUCCUGGUUACUAUCCCGGCUAUCCUUAUCCAGGAGUCUACCUGCAACAGUACCCUGGCUAUCCCCAGCCAGCUCAGUUUCCUGCCUAUGGAGUGGUUCCUGGAGCUGUUGCUCAGCCUGGAGUUCCUGGAGUAGCUGGUGUGCCGGGAGUACAAGGAGUAGCUGGUGUACCGGGAGUUCAAGGAGUAGCUGGUGUGCCGGGUGUACAAGGAGUGGCAGGAGUUCCUGGAGUGCAAGGAGUUGCAGCUGGUCAUGCUCCGGCCACAAGCGGGCAGAACUUCCAUCGCUAUCCGGCCCACAAUGCCGCGGAUCCCAACCACUGGGAUCACCACUUCGCGAUGAACACCGAGUACAAGGAGGAUGGAGUCCACAAAGGACCCUUCGGAGUGCUCAACAACCACAACGCCUUCGGCUAUGGCAGUGGCUAUGGGGGCGGCUACAAUGGCGCCUUCAACUCGCCGGCCUACUGAAGCUGGACGGGAUUAGGGGUGGAGUGAGAGUGAGGCGUGGAGUAAUCCGAGUCGUAGUCAUAAGUUGGCUGCUCCCUCUUUGGCCAGGGGCAGCUGUCUUUGCCCGUCUCUUUGUGUGUCCCUGCGAAAUAAACUUGAUUUCUGCACACCCAA